AUGCGCUCCCUAACGCUCUGGCUGGUGGAGACGGUGGCCGUCAUCUUCUCUGCCGCUUCUCUGGCGGCGUUGGCGGUUCUCCUCGCCGUGACGGACGGCAAAGUCAUUUUUGACUGGCAUGGCGUCACCCUCAACACCAUCGUGUCGAUUCUGUCCACGGCCAGCAAAGUGUCAGUGAUGCUCGCGCUAAGCGAGUCCAUCAGUCAGUGGAAAUGGAUUCUGUUCGGCGACAAAAUGCGGCCCUUGAUGGAUUUCGAGCGCAUCGAUUGGGCGAGUCGCGGCCCAUUGGGCAGCUUGAAGAUGAUGGUGCAUUGCAGAGGCGCCGCCAUUCUGAAGAUCGGAGCCAUCACCACCAUAAUAGCUCUUGCCGUGGACCCCUUCGCCCAGCAGCUGGUCCAAUACCGUCAGGAGCUCGUCUUCACCACCAGCCCGGACACCACCGUUGCCCGCGCCCAGCGGUAUUCCCAAGGCAACCAAGUCAGGAUGUCCCUCAUGCUGGAUCCAUGUCCGUAA